CGUCUCCUCUCUGCGAACCGUUGUUUCUUUCCGCCCCGCAGGAAUUUAUCCUGCAGUAAUGGAGCCGAAACACAGGGCGAAGGUCUGCAAGUGACAGGUCGUGACAUUUCUGUCCCUGCACACUGUUGCAUGACUCCGGAUCUCACAGAGGCGGGAAUGCGACUCCCCCACCGCUGAGCUCAAGAUGAAAGAGUGGUGGAUUCAUGUGGGCUUGAUCUGCAUCCCGCUGGUAGCCGUCUACCUGCACAUCCCGCCCCCUCAGCUGUCCCCUGCCCUGCAGAAGUGGCACAACGCCGGGGAAGUCUUCCACUUCAGAGGCAGGAAAAUCUUCUACAGAGACUCCUAUGGUGCUUUGGGAAGCUCAGAUGUCAUCAUUUUGCUCCACGGCUUCCCCACCUCAAGCUACGACUGGAACAAGAUCUGGGAGCCACUCACUCAGCGCUUCCAUCGAGUCAUUGCACUGGACUUCCUGGGUUUUGGCUUCAGUGACAAGCCACGACCCCACAGGUACUCCAUCUUCGAGCAGGCCAGCGUGGUGGAGGCACUGGUGGCUCACUUGGGUCUGAGCAACCAGCGAGUCAAUCUGGUCUCUCAUGACUACGGAGAUACCGUGGCGCUGGAGCUGCUCUACAGGAGUGACCAGAAUCGCACAGGUCACCUGACCUUCAACAGCCUGUGUCUUUCUAACGGAGGAUUAUUCCCAGAAACACACUACCCACGGCUGCUGCAGACACUUCUCAAGGACUCCGGUUUUCUGGCUCUAGUUCUGACACGUCUCACCAACUAUAUGAUCUUCCAGAAGGGGAUCGGGGAAGUUUUCGGUCCGUACACGCAGCCCACAGACGCUGAGUUCUGGGACAUGUGGACGGGUUUACGCUUCAACGACGGCAACCUCGUCAUGGACAGUAUUCUGCAGUACAUCAACCAGAGAUUUCAACACAGAGAGCGAUGGGUGGGCGCGCUCACUUCCACCUUCAUCCCACUGCACAUGAUCUACGGACCCCUGGACCCAGUUAACCCCCAUCCCCAGUUCAUCCGUCGUUACCAGCAGCUAGUCCAGAGGUCAACGUUCACCAUUUUGGACGAACACAUCAGUCACUAUCCUCAGCUGGAAGAUCCCACUGGCUUCCUCAAUGCAUAUUUCAACUUUAUUCACUCUUUCUGAAGGGGUACAACGUACCAAAUGUCCAUGUUUCAGAGUGAACUUAGACUUAUAAAAGUUGUCUGAAAUAUAUUUGUGUUGCAAAAGAACCAAAGUUAAAAAUAUGCACAUAUGGAGCAAUGAUUUUCCCUGAUGAUUGUGACCAGAAGCUAAUUUACCAGCAACACUCAUGACAUGUAAAUCACUGCAGUGGAAGA